UCGAUUGGGCACCAGGCAGUUUCACCGAACUUCCAGUCUCCAGCAAACAUGCCAAAUGUCAGAUAAAAGUAGAAGCAUUUGUGCUCACGGCCAAUGACUUGGAUAUAGUAGUUUCCAAGUACCGGCUACAGUGGAAGAAAAGCAAGAAGAAGGGUUCUCCAGAGGUGAAGGACAUGGCAGCUUCUAUUAUGGCAACAACAUACUGCCAUCGUCGUCGUCGUCUCCGAGCAAUAAACAACGUGCAUUGAUGUCGGCGUUCUCCUACGCCUCCCCCAGCUUGGGGCUACACUCUAUACCACAAGUCGACGGUUGUAGCAUGUCAAAUUUUGGUAACGCAUCUUCAUAAUGAACUAUUAAUUUAUUUUACGCAUAUGACUGGCUAAAAGAUCACAAGUUGAAUAAUUUUUGCAUGUAUAAUCUUUAAAUGAUAAUAAAAAGAAUGAACGAUUCUGAUUAUGAUAUUCAGAUGGUAAUAUUCGUUAACCAUAAGUAAGUGAACAAAUAAAUUCCUCAUAAAGGACACAAGCAUUAUCUAUAAUUUUUUUUAUGUUAAUUUGAUGUUGUUGGUCCCUUGUGGAGAAAUUGCUUGGCUUUUCCCACAGGUGAGCAAUUCAACCAAUGAAAGAGUCUCAGAGAUUUUGUUGCUCUUUGAGGUGUACAUUGUACAUAUAUUAAUACACCAAGACAAGAGAUUCUUUGUGUGAACAAAAUUUGAGUUCACUUCUUUGUUGCUUCAUGUUCUUUGUCUUUAUUCUUUGUCUCUGUUUUUUCCUCUUUGUUCUUUGUGUUUGUUCUUUCUCCUUUCUUCUUUGCUCUUUGUUUAUUUUGGCUUUUUCCACACACAGACAAAUAUAUUUUAUUCUUUAAAAGAAGUAACUGAGGUUUUUGUGAUUCCUACUCAAUAUUUUAUGAGUGAUGCUAUUCACACAACUAUUUUUAUCUCUCACAUACCUUUCUUGCUUCUCAACCGUUGGAUUGAAUGAAUUAUAAAAGGUUAACGGAUAAAAAUUAACAAGAGUGUGAGAGGUAAAAAUAAGUAUGUAAAUAAUACUAUCCUAUUUUAUUGAUGGCAACCAUAUAAUCUAAUCAAUUACCAUUUUUUUUCUUUUUAAGAAAAUGGACGUUAUAUUAUUGGAAUGGCACGCCUUAAAUUGCGCUGGCCAUCUACAUUGCAUAACUUGAUUUUUAACUGUUGAAUACUAGAAAUUGUGUUUCUACUAAUCGGGUUAUGAUAAAAUCCGGAUGCCAUUGCUUUUAAGUAUUUUUAUUGCUGAUGUGUAUUUUAGGGAGUCUCAACUAUUAAAGGAGAGAUUUUUUAGCGUAUCGGACACACCGAGUGUAAUAAUAUGAAUGGAGAGAAGUUUAUUUUUUUUCAGCAUUCAUCCACUUAUAUUAUAACACUCGAAGUACCACGCCGUGUUCCCGUACACUAAAAAAUCUCUCAUAAUAACGGGGUUCUUUUGCAAUGUUUUUUGAUAUUAUAUGAGAUGCCUAAAUAAUUUGAAGUGUGCAGUACUUUGGUCACGGAUGUUAUUGGUUAGAGAGAAAAAAGAGGGCAUUGUAACAGUUGUUAUGGUAAAAGAAGGUUUGUAUAGUUUUCUGUAGGCAAAAAGCAGGAAUAUUGCAGGUGUUUGUUGCGUUCCUAAUCUUUAUUGUAAUCUAAAUGUUUGUUGAAUCUUAACAGAAAAGGUGGCGUCUGUUAUUGGUUGCACUGUUGUGUCAUAUUAAAAGAUCUACGAUAUUAAAGACCUACGUCAUAUUAAAAGACAUAAGUCAUAUUAAAAGAAACGUGAAUUCAGUUUGUCUUAAAGAGAAUGGCAAUGCAGAUUCAGUUUCUAAAUGCUUGCUCUCUGCAUUCUGUUCUCUCUCCACCUUGUAAACUGAAAACCUCGUCGUAGUUAUUUAGGUAAUCUUUUUUACUCAUCAUAAGGGUCAUUUAGUACAUAUAUAUUUGAGUUAUUAUGGCUGGAAACGUCAAGGGAUUAACUUCAGAUAUGGAGAACCAGGCAGAAGAGAAAACAGACAGAGAGGCCGGAGAACGUUCGAAACCAAUGUGCAGCAGAGGCCUUACCUGGAUAAAGAAGAUUCGAAAUGCGCAGCAGGGGCCUUACCUUCCAAUAUGGAGCAGAAUAUUUGUGCUAUCAUGCGUAUUUGCUGUCUCUCUUGAUCCUUUCUUCUUUUACGUUGUGGUCAUCGAUCAGGAUAACAAGUGUUUUCAAAUAGACAAAACGUUGGUUAUUGUAGCUCUUCUUAUGCGGUCGAUCACGGAUGUCAUUUUCUUGGUGCAUUUAAUAUGUGAAAUCUGUGACGGUGUUCAAAAUCCAAAUCCAAAAACCCUAAAAAAAGGAGCCCCUUCGAUGGUGGAGCAAACCGGGGGAAAUUCAGAUAAGAAAACGAAAAUCAGAGAGUUGACUGAUCAAGUUGCCAUGAAAAUAGCUCAAAAGAUGCCGUGGUUAUCUGUCUUUACUGUAAUAGACUUUUUGGCUCUUCUUCCCCUCCCACAACUGCUAAUAGGAGUUAUUUUUUACACAAUGAAUGGCUCAGGAUUUGUGGAACACAAAAACAUUCUGAAUUUUUUUCUUCUCGGUCAAUAUUUUCCGAGGAUUUAUCGAAUCAACCUAUCGGCCAAGGAAUUCAAAAUGACUAGUGGGAUAUGGAUUAAGGGUCUAUACAACAUGUUUCUCUACAUUCUUUCCAGCCACGUACUCGGAGCUUUUUGGUAUUUUUUUUCUGUUCAACGAGAGUUAACUUGUUGGCAAGAGGCUUGUGUAAAUCAUAGUAAAGAUCCCAGGGCAUGUUUGAAUACUUUCAACUGCGAUGGUCUAAGUACUACUGCAAGAAAUAUAACAUUUCUAAACGAGCAUUGCCCGUUGGAUACUCCAAAUGGUGCUUCAUCUCCAUUUAACUUUGGAAUAUUUCUUGAUUCCCUUCAGAAUCAAAACACUGAGCAAAUACUGUUCAGAAAGAAGUUCUUUUACUCCUUCUGGUGGGGGUUGCGAAAUCUAAGUAAUUUUGGGACUAAUCUGAUGACAAGUACAUAUGUGUUCGAAAACUUGUUUGCGGUUCUCAUUUCUGUAAUUGGCUUGCUACUGUUUUUAUAUCUCAUUGGAAACGUACAGACUUUUAUGCAGAUGGAAGCUACAAAAACAGAAGAGCUGAGAGAAAAGAUUAAGUUGAAGAAGCUAGACGUAAGGACAUGGAUGUCCAGAAAUGAAAUCCCUGAUAAUAUGAAGGAAGAAAUCUUGAGAAGCAUAAAGCAAAAAUUGAAACGACACAUUGAUGCUGAUCUCCAUCAUUUUUUGUUCUAUAUUCUUCCUGUGAAUAUCAGAACAUCUCUGAAACAUUUUCUUUGCAUGAAGACACUUAAGAAAGUAAAAAAGCUUGAAGAUAUGGAUGUCAAAGUGUUGACGUUGAUCUGCAACUAUCUGAAGCCAGUGAGGUACACUGAGAACAGCUUCGUUUUUCGAAUGGGUGAUCCACUCGACUGCAUGCUGUUCAUUAUCGAAGGGACAGUGUGGACCUACGGGUCGACUGAUAGUCAAGCUGGGCAAGGAAUCUCAUCAAUGGACACCAAGCCCCUCGGGAAAGGUGACUUUUACGGGGAAGAGCUUCUCGAUUGCGCAUCACACCGUUUCACCAAACUUCCAGUCUCCAGCAAACAUGUCAAAAGUCAGACAAAAGUAGAAGCAUUUGUGCUCAUGGCCAAGGACUUGGAAACGGUAGUUUCCAAAUCCCGGUUAAAGUGGGAGAAAAAGGAGAAGAAGGGUUCUCAAUUGUUGGAGUCCGUGGCAGCUUCUACCAUAGCAUCAGCAUUCCGUCUUCAUCUCCGCAAAAACAAACGUGCACUACAAUAGGAUACCCUAGCGUUUUAGAAAGCGCUAUAUCAGCCCACACUAAGCGAUCAAGCCUUUUCCAUAGCGUUUUUGAAGUGCUAUGAAUUUUCUUUUGUUGCAUAAAAUUAUAUGAGUGAAUAGAUCAUAUCAUAGCAUUUCGAAAUGCUAUAAUAAAAAUAUGUCAAAACUCUUUGUUCUUUCCAUAAUUGUGGUUACAACAUGCUACUUCACAAUUGAUACAGUUGUUACAAAUAGACUAAAUGAUAUUCAGUUUACA